CCUCCACCGCCGCAGCCUUUCUCCCAGCUGAGCCAGCUGUUGCGGCCGGGCCUGGCCGAGGUGGCCGGCCCGCUGCGCUGCGACCAGGAGCGGUGCACGUACGAGACAUACAGCCGCGCCUGCCUGGACGCGCACGCCAAGAGCCACGCCGGCCGCCGCCUGUACGAGUGUGAUGUGUGCCGAAUGCGGUUGACCAACGGCGCCAACCUGCGGCGGCACCGCAUGCGGCACACGGGAGUCAAACCGUACGAGUGUCGCGCCUGCAGCAAGCGCUUCUUCCGGCGCGACCACCUGCUGGAGCACAUGAGCACGCACUCGAAGACGGCCAGCCGUCGCUUGCCCUGGCAGUGCCCCGUCUGCGGCAAGGGCUUCCAGCGUCAGAUCGCCAUGCGCGCGCACUACCAGAACGAGCACGUGCGGGAGGGUGAGUGGAGCGGCAGUGUCUGCAAGUUGUGCGGUUUCAGUGCCACCUGCUCUCAGAGCCUGCACGCGCACCUGGCGGCGCAGCACGGGCUGCAGCUGGGCUCGGCGCCGGCGCCGCUGCUGCUGCCGCACCACUUCCUGGCGCCGCUGGAGCUGAACGCCGAGGCCGAGUCGCCUCCCGGCUCGCCGCGACCGUCGCAGGCCUCGCCCAACAGCUCGCAGGCUUCUCCCAACAGUUCGCAGACGGCGCCCAAUAACUGGCAGGCGGUGCCGGGGGCUGCGCGGAGCGCCGGUGGGGCCGGGGGCGUGCAGAGCGCGCCUGCGGCCGCCGCCAUCAAGGCUGAGCCGCCCGACGAGGAGCUGACGGCACCAGAGGAGGCUGACGGCCCGGCCGCCACCGCCGGCCCCCGGCUGGCGCGGGGUGGGGCCUGCCAGCCGCCUGCCAACGGUGCGGCCGGCGAGGUGUCGGCCGAGACAAACUGUGCUGUCUCACCCAGCUCGAGCUCGUCCCGUCUGCGCUCGCUGCUGCAGGACCGCCGGCCGGCCAGCCGUUCCUCGGGCGUCAGCAGUCCGUCGGCCGCCCGCCGCUCCCACCUCUGCACGCUCUGCGGCAUCCUCUUCCCCGACCAGACGCUCUACUUCAUGCACAAGGGCUGCCACGCCGAGAAUAACCCGUGGAAGUGUAACAUCUGCUCGGAAGUGUGUCACAACGUGUAUGAGUUCAACUCUCACCUACUCAGCCAGCCGCACCAGUGACGUCACCGCGCGCCGCCGACCAAUCAGGUCGCGACAUGGGCCGACGGUGACGCCUGGCCUGUUAAGCCAUUCAUUGUCACUGACGGCGAGGCGAAUCGGGCUCGACCCCGGCUACAUCUCAUGCAAAAGCCCGAGCCGGCGUGGUGUGAAGAGAGCGCGGCGUGACCCAGUGUCCGUGCCGCGGACGAGGUGACGACCAGCGGCCGCGGCGCGGCGCGAGCUGGGCGGCGGAGCCGGCCCGGGGCCGGUUUUUGUCGAGUC